GGGUUUGGUGAUGACAUGAUUAUUGGUGUUCUUGACACCGGCAUUUGGCCCGAAAAUGAGAGCUUCAACGAUGACGGGAUGCCCCCGGUGCCGGCUCGUUGGCACGGGAUAUGUGAAACCGGUACAGAAUUCAACCCUUCUCAUUGCAAUAGAAAGUUGAUUGGGGCUAGGUCCUUCAGUAAAGGAAUGAAGCAGCAAGGCUUGAAUAUAUCCAAAACAGAUGAUUAUGAUUCUCCAAGGGACUACAUGGGCCAUGGAUCUCACACAUCGUCGACUGCUGCUGGCAACCAGGUGCAGUAUAUUGAUUAUUUUGGAUAUGCCGGAGGAACAUCCAUCGGUAUUGCACCGCGGGCUAGACUUGCUAUGUACAAAGUGUUGUUCUUCAAUAACAGCUAUGAUGCUGCUGCAACUGAUGUACUAGCAGGCAUGGAUCAAGCUAUAGAAGAUGGUGUUGAUGUCAUGUCACUGUCUCUAAGCUUCUACGAGACACCUUUUGACGGUAACCCAAUAGCCGGAGGAGCCUUUGCUGCACUAAAGAAAGGGAUAUUUGUUGCAUGCUCAGCUGGAAAUGCAGGGCCUCAUGCAUAUACCAUUCAUAAUGGAGCUCCCUGGAUCACCACUGUUGGUGCUGGAACCAUUGACAGAGAUUUUGCAGCACAAGUAACAUUUGGAGAUGGAGCUUUAUCAAUUUUUGGAAGAUCUGCUUACCCAGAAAACUUACUAGUUUCUAGGGUUCCUAUUUACUAUGGACAUGGAAAUAGAACAAAAGAAAUCUGCAACUAUUACUCGUUAGACCCCGAAGAAGUUGCAGGCAAGUACAUAUUCUGUGACUUGGACUUGGAUACGGGGAUAACAAUGUACCAGCAAUUGGGUGAAAUGGAUAGAGUUGGAGCUGCUGGAGCAAUUUUUAGUUCAGACAUUGGCCAAUUUGUUCAACCACAAGAAUAUUUCAAGCCAUUUGUGUCUGUGAUACCAAAAGAUGGAGAUUUGAUCAAGAAUUUUAUAACCAAAUCAAGGAAUGCAACAGUGAGCAUAAAGUUUCUAAUAACACAGUUGGGCAUCACACCAGCUCCACAGGUAGCCUACUUCUCAUCAAGAGGGCCUGAUAGGAAAUCACCAUGGAUUCUCAAGCCUGAUAUUUUGGCACCUGGGGUUAAUAUCUUGGCAGCUUGGGCACCCAACAGAGGCUUUGCUUCAAUACGAGAUGAUCUUCUGCUCACAGAUUAUGCUAUUGUCUCAGGCACCUCCAUGUCUUGUCCUCACAUAGCCGGCACAGCCACAUUGCUUAAAGCUGCUCAUCCUGACUGGAGUUCAGCUGCUAUCCGAUCAGCAAUGAUGACAACUGCAUAUGUAACUGAUAACAAAAAUGGUCAGAUCAUUGAUAUGAACAGUGGCGUUGCUGCUACUCCUCUUGAUUUUGGAGCAGGGCAUGUAAAUCCUAACAAAGCCCUAGAUCCUGGUCUUGUCUAUGACAUUCAGGUUGAGGAUUAUAUCAACUAUCUCUGUGGGCUCAACUAUACAACAUCGCAGAUUAAGAUCAUUACAGGAACUUCGAAGUUUACUUGCGAUCAAGCUAGUAUUGAUCUUAACUAUCCCAGCUUUAUCCUCCUCCUAAAUAAUACAAACACUACCACCUUCACUUUCAAGAGGGUUUUGACAAAUGUAGCGGAGAGUAGCUCAGCCUAUCAUGCUGUAGUCAAUGCUCCUGCCAGUAUGACAGUGAUUGCACAUCCAUCCACAAUUUCCUUUGCUGGAAAAUACAGUAAAGCUGAGUUCAGUCUGACUGUGAGCAUUAAUUUGGGGCAUGCCACUCUUCCACAGAGUGAUUAUAUUGGGAAUUAUGGGUUCUUGAGCUGGUAUGAGAUCGGUGGAGAACAUGUGGUAAAAAGUCCCAUAGUCUCUGCUUUUGCACCUUAAUUACCCAUCAGAAGUAAUUGGUGCAGAAUCUUAUG